AUGGAAGCAAACGCACCACCAGAACGCCCAAAGAACCUCUGCCAGGUCGCAGACUACCUCCUCAGCCCACAGUCCGGAGUCAAGAAGCGAGAUGGCGUCUUCAACGAAUCGCGUGUCACCUACUUCAGAGGAAAGGGAGCGGUAAACUCGUUGUUGAAGCCAGAGUUCCGUCAGACGGCGGUAGGCAAGGAGUUGGGAGAGUUGACAAGAGAACAGGCGGCCGAGCUUCUGGGCUCGAUGAUCCCCCACCAAUUCUUCCUCAAGGUCGAGCGGCACUCAGACCCAGAUGCGCCCAAGAACAUUCUCCAGUUGGUCCAGUACCAGUCCUUCUCCGAGGAUGCCGUCUUUGUCUGGCGCUAUGAGGGCUCACAGUUGAGGUCACAUCUCAUGGCCGGAGGUAUGCUCUUCAUCGUCCUUGCUGGUGUCAUGUUUCCCCUUUGGCCAGUACCACUCCGUUUGGGCGUCUGGUACCUCUCUGUCGGUGUCUUGAUCUUGCUGGGUCUGUUCUUUGCCAUGGCCAUUGUCCGUCUGAUUCUCUUCGGUAUUACUUAUGUCAUCCUCAAGCCCGGUAUCUGGAUCUUCCCCAACUUGUUCGAGGACGUGGGCUUUGUCGACUCGUUUAUCCCCUUCUGGGGUUGGCACGAACCCGAGGAGCCCAAAGAGAAGCAGGCUGCCAUCAAGAAGGCUGCUUCAGGAAAGGCUAUUACUGGCGAGGAGGCUCAGGAGGAGGUUCAUACUCAGGUUGUUUCAGAUGAGACUGCCGAGAAGAUCUCUAAGCGUAGACCCAUGGUCGAGGAUGCCGUCGAGGACGAGUCAUAA